GCUAGAUAAACACUUAAUUUCCCUACAAUAUAAUAUUCUACUGCCUGGCAUCCGAGAUUGUGUGCAUGCUGGCCCUAAUGGGCUUGAGGACCGUGGCCACCUUGGUCAUCCUGCUGGGGCAGUGUGGAUUCUCCCUUUCACAUUCCCUAUGGUUCUCCUACUUGCAGGUGUCAGAGCCCAACCUGCAGCUGCCCCAAUUCUUCUCAAAGGUCUACCUGGAUGACCAACCCAUUGCUUGCUAUGACAGCCAAACCAGGAGGGUGGAGCCUUUGGUGUCCUGGAUGGAGAAGAUGGAGAAGGAGGAUCCCAAGCAGGGGAAAGAAGGGAAUGAGAUGUUGCUGGCUACUGAGCAGGUCUUCCGACAUGAGCUGAAGAGCGUAUGGCAAAAUGGAGGGCUUCACACCUGGCAGGCAAUUUUGGGCUGCGAGCUCAAGGAAGAUGGGAGCAAAGGAGGUUUUUUGCACUAUGGCUAUGACGGGAUGGACUUCAUCAGCUUCGACAAGGAGACCUUCAGAUGGGUGACAGCUCAGCCCCAGGCCGAGAAGGUCAAGGAGAAGUGGGAAGAUGACCCAGGGUGGUCUGAGAGAAACAAAAUCUACCUGGAGACCUGUAUUGAGCAGUUGCAGAGUUACCUGUCCUACAGUAAGGAAGUUCUACAGAGGAUAGCCAACAGGACACUCCAUGUAGGAGUCACAUUGGCCACUGUGGCUGCUUUCAUUCUUCUGGUGUCUGGGAUCAUCUGGAUGAAACAUCAAAGAAAAGAGAGCGUGAACAGCUAAAGAGCACCCAAAAUCUUGGCCACUUUGGGACUUCUUUUCAGACUGUUUGGAGAAUCAACCUUAAGAGCUUCUUUCAGCUUCUUUCAGCCCCAGAACAGGCACUUUAUAACCUAAUAUUCGUAAUGGGACAAUUGAAUAUUUUGCUAGUCUUUUCCUAUAAUGUGAUUAAUGUUACUGCCCCUGCUGUCAAGUUAAUUUAAGUGGAAGGUUUAAUUUAUGUUUGUUAUUGAUAUACUUAUG